AUGUCAAACGAAAACUGGUCCGGCCCCGGCCAGAUGAGUGUGGACGAGCCCCCAGAGACCGUUGAUGUAGCAAUUAUUAGGUCCGGCAUCACAGGAGCUUCCACUACGUUCAACCUCUCGGAACGUGCUCCAGACCUGAAGGUUGCAACCUUUGACGCACGCGGACUGUGCACUGGAGCGACUGGUCGCAAUGGUGGAUUGAUUGGCCGCCCGGAGUCAUACGACAUUCGUGCUCUCGCAACUGAGCUUGGCGCUGAGGAGGCUGUGCGUCUACAUCAACUCACCCGGAUCAAUAGAGAGAUGAUGGUAGCUGCUAUUGAAGACAUGGGAUGUAGCAAAUCCGUUGACUUGAAUCUAACGGGCACCAUGGUCGUCUUCCAUAGCCAGGAAGAGCGCGAGGCUUUUAUCAGUGAUCUUGAUUUUAGUCGUGAGCAUGGCUUGAAGACGGAGGGGUACCUGGUUGAUUGCGAAGAGGUGGCCAAGAGGAUCGAUAUGUCUCCUUCCACGGCCCAGUUUGGAGCUGCUUGCUUGGACAACUGCGGCUCCAUUUACCCCAGGAAGUUCGUUGCAGCCUUGCUAAAGCGGGCGCUUGACCGAAUGAAGCAUCUUUCUCUACACCCUUUUACUCCAGUCUGGAAGGUGGACUAUGACGAGGCCCAGGAGUUCAAAUAUAGCCUGACGACCAGCAAGGGGGUUGUUCUGGCCCGAACAGUUCUUCACGCCACGAACGGUUAUGCCUCCCAUCUUGUUCCCGCCCUUCAAAGACCCGAUGGCGUUUUCGGUUGCUCUGCACACAUGAUGGCAGUCCAGCCAAAUGUUGAAGACCCUACUCCGCAGAUGGAAUAUGGCCUGGGCUAUCGCGAAUGUUUCCACUGGAUGUUGCAGCGCCCCAAUGCUGGCCCCUUUCUCUACGGACUUUGGAAGGCAGAGCGUAUCGGUCAAUAUAACGACACAGUGACACUAGACGGCAACAACGGUAUCCGCAAAGAGAUGUUUUCCUUCCUCGAGUCUGCAUACCCCAAUAAAUUCAAAAAUCUGGCAUUGGAGAAAGAUGUGCCCUAUGGCUGGCAGGGGGUUCAAGGGUUCACUCAAACCGGGCUGAGUAUCGUGGGUCGUCCAGAGCCUGAACGCAGCGGAGAAUUUGUCGCCGUUGGGUUUAAUGGGGAGGAAAUGGGUCGUUGUUUUGCUUGUGCCUCGGUUAUCUCAGGUGCUAUUUUGGCCGAACUCAAGGGUGAUAAGGACUGGCAGCCCCCAGAAUGGUUCCCACGGUCAUACAAGAGGAACUUGUAA